UGUAUACAUCAACUCUUGUGGCGUGGGAUUCCUGCUUGAGCAUUUGAGAUGAAAUUAAAGUGUAUAAUUGGAGUAGGCAGCAGGGUUGAAAGUGUGAUGAAGAAAUACCUUAUAUGUUUCAAUCAUCUCUCUCGGUUCGUGUUAUUGGACCUUCGGCGUUAUUAUCUACAUCUGCUUCUUAUAUCGAAUGGAGUUAUAUUGCAACACACUCUUACCAUUUCGAAAGAGUCCUGAUUUUACUCCUCUCGCAGUUUUAUCUGUUUAGUUCCUGUUCAGAAAGUUCCUCCAGUUCCCACAUAAAUUCUCAAAAUGCCCGAGAGCCAACAGCCAAUCAUAUGGGGGUUGGGGAUCUCUUUCUCCAUCAUAGCUAUUGCGGCUGUCGUACUUCGAUUUUGGGCUCGUCGGAUUAAAGGCCAAAAAUUAGGAUCUGACGACUGGACCAUUCUGGUAGCUCUGAUACUCGGGCUUGCUGUAACAAUAGAUAUGCUUAUUAUGACCCAGCUCGGCGGUCUUGGUAGUCACUCAGAGUUCAAUGCCGAUGGAACCCCUCUCAAUCCUAAGGCUGCUAUAGUCCUCGCUAAGACAAUAUACGCGCUUGAGCUACUUACAUGGCCGGCGGUGGGACUGACUAAAAUCAGCGUUCUUCUGAUGUACAAACGUAUAUUUAGCACUCCGAGAUUCCAGAUAGUGACCUGGAUUAUGAUCGGAGUCAAUGUUGCCUGGAUCUUAACAUUUACAUUUGCGCUCAUGUUCUCGUGUUUGCCAAUUGCGGGGCCAUGGACGGGGACAAGUUAUAAAUGUGUCAAUCAAGAGAUCCUCUUUACUGUUGCUUUGGCGACAGACGUCGCCACAGACUUUUUGGUACUAUUCUUACCGGCAUAUGAAGUUAAGAAGCUACAGAUGCCUCUUUCACGAAAGAUCCUGAUCAUCGGCAUCUUCUGUCUGGGUGGUUUGGUUAGCAUCGUCGGCGUUGUUCGAAUUCAUUUUUUGACCACAAUCUAUGCCUUCCUAUAUUCCAGUCAUACCCAGCCGGAUAUCACAUGGCUCUAUGCGCCAACCUACUACUGGACCAUCAUUGAGACCAAUGUCGGUGUCUUAAGCGCAUGUCUUCCCACACUUCGUCCAAUCCUGGAGCUUAUCACAUAUAGCCGCCAAUUUUCACAACUUACCCAUCUUUUCUCCUCAUCGACUAGUAAGACAGGUGAUAUCCGUCUCGGUUCCGUUGAAGACUUAAAUUCGAACAAGACGCCUAGUGAAAGGGUCAGCGCCGUGUAAACUAUUAUUUUGCUGUUUAUAGGUCUUUUUUGUAUAUAGGUAUUAGAGGUUACGUUUUAUAAUAAUAAGAAUAAUUAUUAUUAUAAUAAUAAUAGUAGAAGAUCUAGUCAGUUUAAGCUUAAGGGAUAAAUCGAAUAUAUAUAUU